AUGCAGGUCACAGAACUCUCUUCAUCCCAAAUCGAGGCGCUUCGUAGCCAACUGACCUCCGCGACUGUCCUUGUUCCGGGGUCUGAGGGUUACGACGCAAGUCUCAUCCGAUGGUCUGACACAGGCGCGAGACCCGCGGGUGUCGUCGUCCAGCCAAUUGAUCCUGCUGAUAUUGCUGCUGCGCUGUUAUGGGCGCAACGCGAACGAGUUGAUGUCGCCGUCAAGGGCGGCGGACAUUCCACUGCGGGGACCAGCUCGAGCGACGGGGGCUUGGUGAUUGAUCUGUCCCGCAUGAAGCACGUCACUGUGGACCCUGCGCAGAAGACCAUCACCGCGCAAGGAGGCGCAACGUGGAAGGAAGUCGACGAGGCGGGGGCUGUGCAUGGCCUGGCGACCGUGGGGGGAACGGUGAACCAUACCGGCGUCGGGGGUCUCACCUUGGGAGGAGGGUACGGUUGGUUGAGCGGGCUAUACGGACUCACAAUCGACAAUCUCCUCUCAGCACGGGUCGUCCUGGCCGAUGGACGCCUGGUGACGGCCUCUGCAACGGAGAACCCCGAUCUGUUCUGGGGGCUGCGAGGCGCGGGCUACAACUUCGGUGUCGUGGUGGACUUCACGUACCAGGCGUAUGACCAGCCAGACUUGGUAUUUUGCGGCGUGCUUGGCUUCACGGCAGGCCAGCUGGAGCGCGUUGUCGAACAGCUCAAUGCCACUUUGGCGACCCCGGAUCCCCGGUCAGGGGCGAUGUGCGUCCUGGCCCUGGCUCCCGAUGGAUCUGGCCCGAUGGUGGUGGUCAUCUGCUUCUACAAUGGCAGUCGUGAAGAGGGACUCCAGCGAUUUUCCCAUCUGCUGGACCUGGAGCCUGUCCUCAACACGCUGGACAUGACGCCAUACGCCGUGGUGAAUACCCUGCAAAACCCCCAAGCUACCUACGGGGCACGCAAAUCGUUCAAAGGAAUCUUUUAUGAGCCACCGAUUGAUCUGUCCUUUGUACGCACCGUCUUCACCGACUUUAUGGCAAAGAUACAGAACGAUGAAGACUUGGCUCAGUCCGCCAUGAUCCUCGAGUUCUUUGACAUGCGCAAGGUCUGCGAAGUCCCUCUGUCGGGGACCGCCAUGGCGAGCAGGAAUUUCACCCAGAAUGGGAUUAUCUAUCUUCGUUGGACUGAUCCGUCGAAGGAUCUGGAGCACCGAAGCUGGGCGCGGCAGAUGCAAUCAAAAUGGAAAGCUCAGCUGGAUGCACACGCCCAAACACUUCAUGCUAGUAGCCAUGUCCCCCAAUACAUCAAUUAUGCCGAGCCUGGCGACUCGGCGGUCCCGAAUAUCUACGGGGAGAACAUGUCGCGACUCCAGGAGGUGAAAGCCAAAUAUGACCCAGGAAACAUAUUCCACAAAAUGCACCCCGUGCCCUUGGCAAGGAAGGAAGUAGAUUAA